AUGAGGACACAUGCUAUGACGAAUGCGUACGAGCGUCAGGUUUCUCUGCUAAUUCCUGGAGACAGUCGCGCUGGCCCAAGCGAAGGCGGGCUGAGCGAGCCUGCUGGAUCACUGGGCUCAUUCCUCUUCCAGCUGGAGCUGCGUGUGGUGAAAAUGGAGUCCCACUCUGCAAGCUGGGGUCCGGUACCACCUGCAGGAUCUGGCCUAGAAAGCAGCUACUGCUUCAUUACGGAUGGAAUCGCUCCGCCACAAAGGAUGCUUUUCCCACCCGAGAAGAUUUCUGUGGCUUGGCGGCAAAGGCAAAGUGUUGGAGCUGGACUCCACAACCUGGGCAACACGUGUUUCCUCAACUCUGUUCUGCAGUGUUUGACCUACACUCCCCCUCUGGCCAAUUACAUGCUUUCCGGGGAACACAGCCAGUCGUGUCGUGCGCAAGGCUUCUGCAUGCUGUGCACAAUGGAGACGCACGUUAACCAGGUCCUGUUCUGCUCUGCCAGUGCCAUCGAGCCUACGGCUGUCUUCAGUGACCUUAGACGGAUAGGGGAGCACUUCUGUUUUGGCAGACAGGAAGAUGCUCAUGAAUUCUUACGUUACACCGUGGCUGCUAUGCAGACAGCUUGUUUGAGCGGAAGCACCGACUUGGACAGCUCGUCGCAAGCCACCACGGUCAUUCACCAAAUAUUUGGAGGGUUUCUACGAUCCAGAGUGACGUGCUUGAGCUGCCAAGCAGUUUCGGACUCCUAUGAGGCGUUCCUUGAUAUCCCUUUGGAGAUAACGGCAGCCUCCUCGGUCUCUGGAGCGCUGGAAGAAUUUGUGAGACCUGAACUGCUGGAUGGUGAGAAUUGCUACAAAUGCAGCAAGUGUGAGAAGACGGUUGCUGCGUCCAAGAGGUUUACAAUUCAUCGCUCUUCCAACGUUCUCACCAUAGCCCUGAAAAGAUUUGCCGAUUUCACUGGUGGGAAGAUUAGCAAGGACGUGAACUAUCCAGAGUAUUUGGACCUUCGAGCGUACAUGUCUGAGUCAGCUGGAGAGCCAGUCCGCUACGCCUUGUACGCCGUGCUGGUGCACAGAGGUGCCAGCGGUCGUGCAGGGCACUAUUUCUGCUUCGUCAAGGCCAGUAAUGGACUAUGGUAUGAGAUGAAUGAUGCCUCGGUAGUCCUUUGCGACAUCAACACCGUUCUCAGUCAGCAGGCGUAUUUACUUUUUUAUAUCAGGUGCUGUGAGGAGACACUUGGAGAAGGCACUUCUUACGCACCUGUGCCAUCCCCUGCCCCUUCGUUCCUUGGUCAGCAGGAGGCUAAUAAUAAGCAGGCCGGAUUUCUGGGACCACAGCAUCCUCCUCAUAUGAUGAAGAUGCAGAGCUUGCGGCCAGCAGCCUUGAAGACUCUGACUAAGCUUACCAUCAAGGGCACAGCUUACCAUCAGCCCCAACAGUGGCUGGGGGCUGACCUGCUCGAAAGCAGCUCUGCAGGGAAGGAUCUGCGAAUGCUGGUGGACGACAAGCUGACCACGAGGUGUGAGAAGACGGUUGCUGCGUCCAAGAGGUUUACAAUUCAUCGCUCUUCCAACGUUCUCACCAUAGCCCUGAAAAGAUUUGCCGAUUUCACUGGUGGGAAGAUUAGCAAGGACGUGAACUAUCCAGAGUAUUUGGACCUUCGAGCGUACAUGUCUGAGUCAGCUGGAGAGCCAGUCUGCUACGCCUUGUACGCCGUGCUGGUGCACAGAGGUGCCAGCGGUCGUGCAGGGCACUAUUUCUGCUUCGUCAAGGCCAGUAAUGGACUAUGGUAUGAGAUGAAUGAUGCCUCGGUAGUCCUUUGCGACAUCAACACCGUUCUCAGUCAGCAGGCGUAUUUACUUUUUUAUAUCAGGUGCUCUCGGGAGCUGUCCAACGCCAGCAAGGAGAAAUUGAGGCCGGAGGUGGUGUAA